CCCUUCCUUCCGCCGUCCCCUUCUCGACUCCACCACUCCUCUUCCCUUCUCUGCCGACUGCUUCCUACUGUCCUCGUCUUCACUUGUCGAUCACCUGCCCCCGCCGAUUGAAGAGCAGGUAAUACCCCGUGUGUGAUCGAUCGUGCCUUCUUCUGCCUUCUUUGAUUGGGUACUGCGUGCUUUUGCUGUAAAAGAGUACACGAUCGAUCGUAACGAUUGGGAUUGGGGAAGGAACUUUGGCUUCGAUUCUUGCGGUUGGGAUUUAUCUUAUCUCAAUUCUUGGAAGUUGCCUGGUUCUCGAUCAAGGGUUCUUCAGGAUGUGGUUCGGGAUUCGUGCUCUGUUCAUUACUUCUGAUUCUGGCAAAUCCGCUACGAGUUGAUCGAUCAUCGGUGGUCAAGAGGCUUAUGGUUUUGCCUUGGUUUGGACGAUCUCAUUAUGAAAUCAUGGAGUGCUAUUGUGUUUGUUGCAAAUUGGUUUGAACAAGGCAAUCAGACUAAUAAGCCUUUCAACUUGGUAAACUGCAGUUCUUGUUCAGUGGUGAAAGUAUAUUAGGAAAAAUAAGCAUGUCUAUGAUAAGGCCUGUGGAUUCAUCUACUGCCAAUGGUGACUCCAACCUUCAUGCACAUAAAAGUGGUGGUGAGAACUCGGGUUUGUCAAGGCAAAUAUUAAGUGCUGAUAAGCGGAUGUACCACCGUCGGCCUGCUUCCUAUAAAUCAGACUUACAUCCUCAGCAACACUUCAUUGAUUCAUCAUCAGAAAUGAUACAUGUUAAUCCACUUGACAUGUCUACAUCCAGCAUUCCAGAACACUAUUCUCAAGUUUCAUCAGCUCCCUAUCAGUUGAUAGCAAACUUUCACUCAUCUAUUUUGUCAGAAAAUCCAUACAGCUCUUGCAUUGCUGCAGUUCAGUGUCCUGAUUCCUCAGCAGGCUCUAACGGCUCUCAUCAGGCAUCCCAUUCUUUAUCUGAUUAUCCAAGUCCAGAGCAAGAAAUAGACUAUGGUAAAGAUGAAAUCAGGUUAAAGCUUCAAGAGCUUGAGCAGGCAUUACUGAAUGACAACGAUGAGGACUUGGUGGAUUCCGACCAGGUUGUGGGAAUUGAAGAUAAUUGGACUGAGCCUAUCAAGGACCUAUUAGUUCCUUGCUCACCAAAAGAGUCCUCAUCAUAUUUAAGCAUCAGCUGUAUUGGCAGCAAUAGAGAACCUCCAACUCCUAAGCAGCUACUUUUUGACUGUGCAGCUGCAAUCUCAGAAGGCUGCAUGGAGGAAGCACAAGCCAUCAUAACUGAGCUUCGCCAAAUAGUUUCGAUUCAAGGAGACCCUCCUCAAAGGCUUGCUGCCUACAUGGUGGAAGGUCUUGCAGCAAGAAUAGCUUCUUCAGGACAAGGUAUUUAUAAGGCUCUACGAUGUAAGGAACCCCCUACUUCCGAUCGGCUUUCGGCGAUGCAGAUACUGUUCGAGGUCUGUCCAUGCUUUAAGUUCGGUUACAUGGCAGCAAAUUAUACAAUCGUUGAAGCAUUAGGAGAUGAAGAAAAAGUUCAUAUCAUAGACUUUGACAUAAACCAAGGAAGUCAAUACAUAAACUUGAUACAAACUCUUUCGACGUGGCCCAGCAAACGGCCACACCUAAGAAUAUCUGGUGUUGAUGAUCCCGAGUCAGUGCAACGGGCAGUCGGAGGUUUGGAGAUAAUUGGUCAGCGCCUCGAGAAGCUGGCAGAGGAGCUCGGUGUUCCAUUUGAGUUUCAAGCAAUAGCUGCUAAAACCAGCGAUGUAACACCCGAAAUGCUUGACUGCCGAUCAGGGGAGGCACUUGUGGUCAACUUUGCGUUUCAGCUACAUCACAUGCCGGAUGAGAGUGUAUCAACAGUGAACCAGAGAGAUCAGCUGCUUCGAAUGGUGAAAGGGCUGAGCCCAAAGUUGGUAACUCUUAUCGAGCAGGAUAUGAACACUAAUACAGCCCCAUUCUUCCCAAGGUUUGUGGAGGUCUACAAUUAUCAUACAGCGGUCUUUGAAUCACUCGAUGCAACUCUUCCAAGGGACAGCACGGAUCGAAUGAACGUGGAGAGGCAGUGUCUUGCGCGAGAUAUCGUCAACAUCGUGGCCUGCGAAGGUGCUGACCGCAUAGAGAGGUACGAGGUUGCAGGAAAGUGGAGGGCGAGAAUGACGAUGGCCGGGUUCAUACCAUGUCCCUUCAGCACCAGCGUCAAUGGAUCAAUAGGAGCCUUGUUGAAAUCAUACUGUGACAGGUACAAGGCCAAGGAGGAAAACGGGGCACUCUACUUCGGCUGGGAAGACAAGGUUCUAAUCGUUGCCUCGGCAUGGAAAUAAAGCAUUCUUGCCGCAUCACAUGGUUUACACUCGACUCAGUUGCUGCUGGGGUAAGUCUGAUGUGUAUAUAUAUCGUCUAAAUUUCGCUGGCAUUUUAUUUUCUGUGGCUCAAAAGUCUAAUUUCCAGUCUCAACAGACUUUUGCUGUCUUGUGAGUCGGUAAUCAAGACAUCUACCAAGUUAUUGGACCAGAUCUCUUACAGGAAUUCAAUUGAUAACUGCUCAGAUGGUCUUGUGGCAAGAAUGCAAUACAACUUGGCAUCUUGUAAACGGGGGAUUCUUGAUGUGUUCUUAAGUUGAAUGCAAACAUUGAGGGACAGCUGGAAACCUUGUGAAACAGAUAUUUCACUUUUGUUUCUGGAAUCAGCAUCGAGAAGGAAGAGCUCAGCACCAAUGCAAGGCCUGUAUAAGCAGAGAUGGUCAACAUUAAUUGGUUUCAACAAAGAGAAACUCCAGUGACUCUUUUUUUUUUUUGUAAUUGGGGCCCCAGAGCCACACAGUGUAGGCCACAAAGACCAAAAGGUCAUGGUGCGCUACCAUCUCAGAUAAGGAAUGGCGGCAACUCCCCAUGGUUGUUUUGUGAAAUUCAACUGGACUACCGAAGACCAUCUUCACUUGUCAUAUCAUCAUAAAGAUAAGGUGUUCUAUUAAACCUACAGAAACUCAAAUUGUUGAAGAAUAUUUGUCCAAUUAGUUAGAAGUGGUGGUUAUAGGGUGAAUUUGGAGGGUGUGUUUGGACUUUGAUGUAUUUUCCUGUAUUGUUUUGUACAGACUUCAACAUUUUGGAAUAAAAUUUCACUUUUCCACGA